AUGAAAUACGUAUUGGUAACGGGAGGAGUGGUGAGCGGAUUGGGCAAGGGCGUUACUGCGAGUAGCGUCGGUGUAGUCCUCAAAGCCUGUGGUCUUCGCGUCACUUCCAUUAAAAUAGAUCCAUAUUUGAACACAGAUGCUGGCACCAUGUCUCCUUUUGAACAUGGAGAGGUUUUUGUUCUUGAUGACGGUGGAGAGGUUGAUCUUGACCUGGGUAACUACGAACGUUUCUUAGAUGUGACCCUUACAAGGGACAACAACAUUACCACUGGAAAGAUAUAUCAGUCUGUACUUGACAAGGAGCGGCGAGGCGAUUAUCUUGGAAAGACUGUUCAGGUGGUCCCACACAUCACAGAUGCCAUUAAAAACUGGGUAGAGUUAGUUUCUGUCAUCCCCGUGGAUGGGAAAGAGGGCCCAGCAGAUGUUUGUGUGAUAGAAUUGGGAGGAACUGUUGGUGACAUUGAGUCAAUGCCGUUCAUAGAGGCUUUGCGACAACUAUUCUUCUCAGUUGGGCAAGAUAACUUCUGCCUCAUUCAUGUGAGCCUUAUACCUGUACUUGGUGUUGUGGGUGAGCAAAAAACGAAGCCUACACAACAUAGUGUACGGGAAUUGAGAGCGUUAGGCUUGACUCCUCAUUUCUUGGCAUGUCGUUCUGCUCAGCCUUUAUUGGAAAGUACGAAGCAGAAACUUUCACAGUUUUGCCAUGUUGCUGUUGGUAAUAUUCUUAAUAUCCAUGAUGUUCCAAACAUUUGGCAUGUUCCUCUUUUGCUUCGGAACCAAAAUGCUCAUGAUGCCAUUUUAAGACAGCUAAACUUACUUAGUGUCGCUGCACCUCCUGAUUUACAAGAGUGGACCAAAAGGGCAGAGACUUUUGAUAACCUUACCAAUUCUGUGAGGAUUGCAAUGGUUGGGAAGUAUGUAGGCCUACCAGAUUCAUAUUUGUCUGUUGUGAAGGCCCUUCUGCAUGCCUGCAUUGCAUGUUCAUUGAAGCCAUCAGUUGAUUGGAUUGCAGCUUCGGAUCUUGAAGAUGAUAGUGCUAAAUUGACACCUGAAGCGCAUGCUACUGCAUGGGAAACUUUAAGGAAUGCAGCAUGUGUCUUGGUUCCUGGUGGAUUUGGAGAUCGUGGUGUGAGGGGAAUGAUAUUGGCUGCAAAGUAUGCUAGGGAGAAUAAAGUUCCAUAUCUUGGGAUCUGCUUGGGAAUGCAGAUAUCUGUGAUUGAGUUUGCUAGAUCUGUUUUGGAUCUGGAGAGGGCAAACAGUACGGAGUUUGAUGCAGAGACACCUGAUCCAUUUGUAAUUUUCAUGCCAGAGGGUUCAAAAACACACAUGGGAAGCACAAUGAGACUUGGCUGUCGAAGAACUUUAUUUCAGACCCCUGAUUGUAUCACUGCAAAGCUGUAUCAUAAUUCAGAGUAUGUGGAUGAGCGACAUAGGCAUAGAUAUGAGGUGAACCCAGAGGUGGUUGGCAUUUUAGAGGAAGCUGGCUUAAAAUUUGUGGGGAAGGACGAAACUGGGAAAAGGAUGGAGAUUUUAGAACUUCCAAGUCAUCCAUUCUAUGUGGGAGCACAGUUUCAUCCAGAAUUUAAGUCACGGCCUGGCAGGCCUUCAGCUCUAUUUCUAGGUCUUAUAUUGGCAGCAACAGGGCUAAAUCAGCCUUGGUCUAAGCUGAAGAACCUGCACAUUAAGUUUUCUGAGAAGUGGAUCCUUAAGAGGAGAUACAAUGGAGACCAAAUUGCAGAAAGCUAUGGGCUCCUUCCUGCAACUGAAGUGAACCCAGAGGUGGUUGGCAUUUUAGAGGAAGCUGGCUUAAAAUUUGUGGGGAAGGACGAAACUGGGAAAAGGAUGGAGAUUUUAGAACUUCCAAGUCAUCCAUUCUAUGUGGGAGCACAGUUUCAUCCAGAAUUUAAGUCACGGCCUGGCAGGCCUUCAGCUCUAUUUCUAGGAGCAUUUAUAGGCCUCUUGAGAAACAAUCUUGAUGACCUUUUCUUUCUAAUUUUCCCCGAACUUUGUAGUGUAAAGUUGGGGAGGGAGAAGAGGGCAAAAAAAUUAAAAAGAAAAAAGGGGGGGGGGGAAGUGGUAAUGGUGAAUGCAGCAUGUGUCUUGGUUCCUGGUGGAUUUGGAGAUCGUGGUGUGAGGGGAAUGAUAUUGGCUGCAAAGUAUGCUAGGGAGAAUAAAGUUCCAUAUCUUGGGAUCUGCUUGGGAAUGCAGAUAUCUGUGAUUGAGUUUGCUAGAUCUGUUUUGGAUCUGGAGAGGGCAAACAGUACGGAGUUUGAUGCAGAGACACCUGAUCCAUUUGUAAUUUUCAUGCCAGAGGGUUCAAAAACACACAUGGGAAGCACAAUGAGACUUGGCUGUCGAAGAACUUUAUUUCAGACCCCUGAUUGUAUCACUGCAAAGCUGUAUCAUAAUUCAGAGUAUGUGGAUGAGCGACAUAGGCAUAGAUAUGAGGUGAACCCAGAGGUGGUUGGCAUUUUAGAGGAAGCUGGCUUAAAAUUUGUGGGGAAGGACGAAACUGGGAAAAGGAUGGAGAUUUUAGAACUUCCAAGUCAUCCAUUCUAUGUGGGAGCACAGUUUCAUCCAGAAUUUAAGUCACGGCCUGGCAGGCCUUCAGCUCUAUUUCUAGAAGCCAUUGAGCUAGCCCUUGAUAGCGUGAUCUGGUUGGGCUUUGGUUGGAUGCACAAAGGUGUCCUGCUACAAUCUUUACCCAUCUGUGACUUUCUGAUGAUAGCAUCAACAGCCCUAAAUCAGCCUUGGUCUAAGCUGAAGAACCUGCACAUUAAGUUUUCUGAGAAGUGGAUCCUUAAGAGGAGUACAAUGGAGACCAAAUUGCAGAAAGCUAUGGGCUCCUUCCUGCAACUGAAGUAUCAUAAUUCAGAGUAUGUGGAUGAGCGACAUAGGCAUAGAUAUGAGGUGAACCCAGAGGUGGUUGGCAUUUUAGAGGAAGCUGGCUUAAAAUUUGUGGGGAAGGACGAAACUGGGAAAAGGAUGGAGAUUUUAGAACUUCCAAGUCAUCCAUUCUAUGUGGGAGCACAGUUUCAUCCAGAAUUUAAGUCACGGCCUGGCAGGCCUUCAGCUCUAUUUCUAGGUACUGAUCGGUCAAGGGAUUAA